GAGGCCGAGCGUGGCGGCCAUGGAGGCGGCGGCGGCGCGGAGGCGGCAGCUCCCCGGAGCGGCGGGCGGCCCCGGUGUCGCAUUCGUGCAAGCCAGUUUCCCAUCUAGAUAGCAUGCAUGUUCUGUCUUCAAGUGCCUAGACUCCCCUCGGGCUGACGGCAAAGCCGGAGGAGAGAGGGCUGGCCCUAGUCUCUCGCUCCUCACCAGGCAUGGCUCCAUGAAGGCCGAAGACAAAGACCGCACAGCUCCCUUCCACUUGGACCUCUGGUUCUACUUCACACUGCAGAACUGGGUUCUGGACUUCGGCCGCCCCAUUGCCAUGUUGGUAUUCCCAAUCCAGUGGUUUCCUCUCAACAAGCCGAGUGUCGGGGACUACUUCCAUAUGGUCUACAACGUCAUCACCCCCUUCCUCCUGCUAAAGCUUAUCGAGCGGUCCCCCCGGACGCUGCCACGGUCUAUAAUCUAUGUCAGUAUCAUCACGUUCAUCAUGGGAGCCAGCAUCCACCUGGUGGGCGACUCCGUCAACCACCGCUUGCUCUUCAGUGGGUACCAGCACCACCUGUCCGUCAGAGAGAACCCUAUCAUCAAGAAUCUCAAGCCAGAGACUCUGAUCGACUCCUUUGAGCUGCUGUACUACUACGACGAGCACCUGGGCCACUGCAUGUGGUACAUCCCCUUCUUCCUCAUCCUCUUCAUGUACUUCAGUGGCUGCUUUACUACCUCCAAGGCCGAGAGCCACAUGCCAGGGCCUGCCCUGCUCCUGGUGGUGCCCAGUGGUCUGUACUACUGGUACCUGGUCACCGAGGGCCAGAUCUUCAUCCUCUUCAUCUUCACCUUCUUUGCCAUGCUGGCUCUCGUCCUGCACCAGAAGCGCAGGCGCCUCUUCCUGGACAGCAAUGGCCUCUUCCUCUUCUAUUCCUUCGCCCUCACCCUCUUACUGGUGGCUCUGUGGGUCGCUUGGCUGUGGAAUGACCCUGUCCUCAGAAAGAAGUACCCUGGUGUCAUCUAUGUUCCUGAGCCCUGGGCCUUUUACACGCUGCAUGUUAGCAGUCAGCAGUGAGGCUGGCUUACUGGGGGUAACAGGCCAUGGCGUCUGUCCAUGUGUGCACACAUUAAUUACAUGCGCUGUGGCAGCAGCGUGAGCUCUGCAUUGGGGGCAGGGAUGGGUGAGCCUUGUUGAGAGACUCAACUGUUGUGGUCAGGUUUCAGGUUUGUUUUUUACUUUGUUCCUCCGCCACCCCCCAAACUUAAGAUGGAAUUUAGUUUGGGGAAGUAUAUAAAAGAUCCUGGCCCCUGCCCUCCCGUGAAUUUCACUACUAUUAGAGGUGCCUGAAUAACACCCCUAUCUCUCAGGACUGGGCUGGCCUUAUGGAGAUGUCUUCUGGUGACAUGCAGGCGAGGGAUCUGUAGGACAGAAGCAGGAAACUUUGCUACCUACCUGGCCCCUGGCUCACCUGAAGCUGCCUACCCCUGGGCCCUAGGUUUCUGGAUCAUAAUUUCUUUUGUGCUUUAAACUGAGCAGUUCCACCUCUGGGCUUCAUCUGCUCUGCAGGGCCCCACGGUUCCAAGUGGCUCUGGGGACUGGUGGUUACUGAUUCUCUGCGGGCAAUGGCAGCAAGGAAGAGUGGUUCUUUUACUGUCCCCACCCUCAGCCUAGCGGGGGAUGGGGGGAUUUCUCCCAGUCUCUUGUCCAACUUCACACUCUAGUCACAUGCUGUUGAGAACCUAGUCUCCAGGGAGCCAGAGGCCACUUUCAGCUAAGCCCUUAAAGCUGGCCGGGGUUCUGAGCUACAUGAAAGGCAGAGUUGUCAAGCCCUUGUUUUAUUGAUUCCCUGAGACCUGUUAUAAGGGUCUGAGACAUUACAAGUCAGUCUUUUGAGACAGCUCAUCUCAGCCUGAAUCUCUCACCACCUGCCUGGUGCCUUUGUUCCCAGCAUGGUGGUUCCUGCCUCUCCCCAGCCCACCUCCUCCCAGGCCUCAGAUAUAGGUCUCCUUGGCACAAGGUGCCACCACCUCAUUUGGCAGUCAGCACUGCCUGGCCUGUGCUGUGAGUCUUGGGGACACUCUGUGCAUGGCCCUGCCUCUUUUCUGCUGCACUCAGGGACUGCGGGACUGCGCCUCAGUUUUCCCUUGUGGUCUUUCUCUGGGUUAGCCCAUGCUGGGGCUGAGGGUGGUGAUGGGUGAGAGGACUGAAUAAAGGCUGUUUUGAAGCCCA